AUGGCGCCGGGGCGCGGCACGGGUGCAGGCGCCGGCGCUGGCGCGAGCCUGGCCGAGGUGGUGGCACUGGGGCGCGACGCAGGUGCAAGGGCUGGCGCGAGCCUAGCCGAGACGGCGCCGGGGCGCGGCGCGGGUGCAGGCGCCGGCACUGGCUUGGCCGAGGCGGUGCCGGGGAGCAGCGCGGGUGCAGGUGCUGGCGCGAGCCUGGCCGAGGCGGUGCCGGGGCGCGUUGCCAGUGCAGGCGCAUGCGCGGGCACGAGGCAGACAGCAGCGGCGGCAAGUCAGAUUCAUGAAGAGGCUGAAGCGAACGAAACGGCUCAAGUGGAUGACAAUGAUGAUGGAAUUUAUGAUGUUGACUUGCUUCCGCGUGAUCCUGGGAAGAGGAUUCCAAUUGCAGAUUAUGAUAUCAAUGAUCAAGAUAGGGUGGUUCUAAAGAAUGCUCCGAAAAAAAGUAAAAUGAUAGACCACAAGAUACAAAAGGAUCUUAUAAGCUCUUAUGCCAAGGAAACUACUAAGCUUAUUAUGGAGGAUCUUGGUAAUGAACAUUUUUUUAUACUUGCUGAUGAAUCUAGUGAUGUGUCCCUAAAUGAACAAUUGGCUCUUUGCUUGCGUUAUGUUGAUAAAAAGGGAAAGCCAGUUGAGAGAUUUCUUGGUGUUGUCAAUGUUGAAGACACUACAUCUUCAACACUAAAAACUGCAAUUGGAAAUUUGCUUAUGGAUCAUCAGUUGAGCUUUUCUAUGGUCCGUGGGCAAGGAUACGAUGGAGCUAGUAACAUGAAGGGUCACAUUAAUGGUUUGAAGAAACUUAUAAUGGAUGAGUCUCCUUCUGCUUAUUAUGUUCACUGCUUUGCUCAUCAACUUCAAUUAACUCUUGUUGUUGUUGCUAAGGAGAGUGGUGAUUGUCAAUGGUUUUUUCAACAACUCUCAUAUUUAUUAAAUGUUCUUGGUAAUUCUUGUAAGAAGAUAAAAAUGCUUCGAGUGGCUCAAGCUGAGUCUAUCAUUGAAUCAUUGGAAUUGGGUGAACUUGAAAGCGGUCAGGGUUUGAAUCAAGAGAUGGGUUUGGGAAGGCCAGGUGAUACAAGGUGGGGAUCUCACUAUAAAACUAUAUUGCAUAUUAUUGCUUUGUACCAACCAAUUCGAAAAACUCUUAUCAAGAUUGGGGAAGACUAUAAUAGGACAGAGGCUAUAUCGGCUCAAACUAUGUUGACAUCAUUUGAGUCAUUCGAGUUCGUUUUCAUGUUACAUUUGAUGGAAGAAAUAUUUGGGUACACAGAUGACUUAGGCAAUGCUUUGCAAAAGAGGGAACAAGAUAUUGUUGAUGCUAUUUCUCUUGUUUAUACCACAAAGGAACAAUUGCAGUUAUUGCGGGAAGAUGGUGGAUGGGAUACUUUCCUUCAAGGUGUCAUUUCUUUUUGUGUGAAGCAUAAGAUCAAAAUUGCUGAUAUGGAUGGUCACUACAAGCCGGUUGGAAGAUCUGCAAGGUUCUAUGGUAAAGCUACAAAUAAACACCGCUUUCAUGUUGAUAUGUUUUUGGGUGUCAUUGAUAGGCAACUUCGAGAGCUUAAUGACCGGUUUGAUGAGGUGAACACAGAAUUACUUAUUUGCAUGGCAUCAUUCAAUCCUAUUGAUUCAUUUGCUGCAUUUGAUAAGGAGAAUUUGGUUAAGCUUGCUCAAUUUUAUCCUACGGAUUUCACAAAGGAUGAAAUGUUGAAACUUCCCAAUCAAUUAAGAAAUUAUAUCGCAGAUGUGCGAAGGGAUGAGAGGUUUAAAGAUGUGAAAACUUUUGCCGAUCUUUCUAUUAAUCUUAUUGAAACAAAGAAGAACGGCACUUUUGAAGUUGUUUACAAGCUUCUCAAAUUGGUGCUAAUUCUUCCUGUAGCGACAGCUAGUGUUGAGAGAGUGUUUUCUUCAAUGACUUAUGUGAAGAAUAAGCUAAGGAAUAAAAUAGGGAGUCAAUACAUGAAUGAUUGUUUGGUCACUUUUAUUGAGCGGGACUUCUUUUUGCAAGUUGAGGAUGAUAUCAUCAUAGCUGCGUUUCAAAAGACGAGGAACCGUAAAGUUGAAUUGGUGACAUGUGCAGCUUGUGACUUCCUACUCUGA